CGGCGCCUCCCUCCUCCCCCACACAUCCCGCACCCACCAUUGAGAGAAGCAGCAGCACGAGCAGCACAUGUCACAGAGGGCCAGCGUCCCACACUCCUCCUGCAUAGCCUUCGCCCUCCAUUCCCACCUCCUCGUGUCCUCUGAGAUGUGCCCCAGCUCCUACUGGGAAUAGAAUAGCCACCCCCGCCCAAAUCCCACACCUUUUUCGUUUUUGAUUUCCUCUCUUCUUUAGAUUUUGUUUCUAGAUCUUUGGGGGCCUCCAAUUCGUCCGUCCGCGAGGGGGAAGCGAGGGGAAGAUGGGCGUCAAGGGGUUCGUCGAGGGCGGCAUCGCCUCCAUCGUCGCCGGCUGCUCCACCCACCCGCUCGACCUCAUCAAGGUCCGGAUGCAGCUGCAGGGGGAGUCCUCCGCGGCCGCGGCCCAGCCCGCGCUCCGCCCGGCGCUCGCCUUCCAGGCCGGGGCGCACACCGUGACGCUCCCGCACGCGCCCACGCCGGUGCCCAAGCCCGGCCCGAUUGGCAUCUGCACGCAGAUCCUGCGCGCCGAGGGCGCCGCCGGGCUCUUCUCCGGGAUCUCGGCCACCAUGCUGCGCCAGACGCUCUACUCCACCACGCGGAUGGGGCUCUACGACAUCCUCAAGAAGCGCUGGACCCAGGAGAACGCCGGCGUGCUGCCGCUGCACCGCAAGAUCGCCGCCGGCCUCAUCGCCGGCGGCGUCGGCGCGGCCGUCGGCAACCCGGCCGACCUGGCCAUGGUGCGGAUGCAGGCCGACGGCCGCCUCCCGCUGGCCGACCGCAGGAACUACCGCAGCGUGGGCGACGCCAUCGCCCGGAUGACGCGCGACGAGGGCGUGCGCAGCCUCUGGCGCGGCUCCGCGCUCACGGUCAACCGCGCCAUGAUUGUCACCGCGUCGCAGCUGGCCACCUACGACCAGGCCAAGGAGGCCAUCCUGGCCCGCCGCGGCCCGGCCGCCGACGGGCUGGGCACGCACGUGGCCGCCAGCUUCGCCGCGGGCAUCGUGGCCGCCGCCGCGUCCAACCCCGUGGACGUGGUCAAGACCAGGGUGAUGAACAUGAAGGUGGCGCCCGGCGCGCCCCCUCCGUACGCCGGGGCCCUGGACUGCGCGCUCAAGACGGUGCGGUCGGAGGGCGUGAUGGCGCUCUACAAGGGGUUCAUCCCCACGGUGUCGCGCCAGGGGCCCUUCACCGUGGUGCUCUUCGUCACCCUGGAGCAGGUGCGCAAGGUCUUCAAGGACGUCGAGUUCUAAUGCAGUGCAGACCACCGCACGGCGCGGCGCCAUGGAUCCAUGAUGAUGACGACAAGAAGCUGCCCAUUGAUGCCGCUGCUGCUAAGAAUAACUAGUAGUACCGCUGGAGGGAUUUCUCCAGUUCCUGCCUCUCAUUGUAUUCGGAUGAAUUUGAUCGAUUUUGAAUGAAAUUCUCAUUUUUAAA